AAGCUGGCAGCUGGGGGUCCCUCUUGGCUGUUCCUGCUUCAGCAUGGCUACCAGCACCCUUGUAAGCCCACCUGCCUGCCCCUCCUGCAGCCUGGGCAGCCGGGGCCGGAAUUCACAGCCCACCCUGACUCCUUUCUCUGUCAGGUCAGAGAGGCUGAGGGUGAGAUCCUAACGUGGGAGAAGGAGGAAAAAAAGCAAGAGGAAGGGGAGGCAGCAGCAGCAGCGGGAGCAUCAAUGAGAGAGGAGGCUCCAAACUCUCCCUCAACUCUGCUGCCCCUGAGGGGGAAGGCCCGCAGUGAGGGCCCAGUGGAGGCCACGCUGGAGUUGCACCUUCUGCAGAACAGGUGGGCCCUGUGGUUCUUCAAGAAUGACCGCAGCCGGGCCUGGCAGGAUAACCUGCAACUGGUCACCAAGUUUGACACAGCGGAGGACUUCUGGGCGAUUUACAGUCACAUCCAGCUGGCCAGUAAGCUCUCUUCAGGCUGUGACUAUGCCCUGUUCAAGGAUGGCAUCGAGCCCAUGUGGGAAGACGCCAGGAAUAAGCGGGGUGGCCGCUGGCUGGUCAGCCUUGCCAAACAGCAGCGCCACACUGAGCUGGACCGCCUGUGGCUGGAGACACUGCUCUGCCUCAUUGGGGAGAGCUUUGAAGAGUACAGCCAGGAGGUGUGUGGGGCCGUCAUCAACAUCCGAACCAAGGGGGACAAGAUCGCAGUGUGGACGCGGGAGGCAGAGAACCAGACGGGCGUGCUCUACAUCGGGCGGGUCUACAAAGGGCGCUUGGGACUCUCGACAAAGACCGUCAUUGGGUACCAGGCCCAUGCAGACACAGCUACUAAGAGCAACAUCCUGGCCAAGAACAAGUUUGUGGUGUGAGAGGGCCUGGGCACCCCUCUCCAUUCAGCCACCCCUGAGCCCCUCACUAUUGCUGUAUAUGUGUCCCGGCAGGACUGGGGGCGAAGGCGGAGGGCUGGUUCUCACCUGUUCGGGAGUUAAUACGAACAUUCUUUAACAUGAGUUGGGACCCAGGCCUAGGGGCUGCUCUGUGGGUGGUGUGGUGGAGGGCAGGCUGAGGACCCAGGGCAGUGUCACCCAGAGGUGGGGUGGGGUGUCACGGGGGAAGGUGGGAAGACGACAGGAACAGUCUAUGAUCCAGUACUGACUCUGUGCCUACCUGGAAAGGGGGCUAGCUAGGCCUGAGGACCAACCCUUCUGUUCUAGGGGAGGGUGCUCAAGCCUACUGCCACUCUGAGAGCUAGCAUUCCCGGGCCUCGCCUGCUGGUGAUCGCUGUGCUGGAAAA